CCCGCCAUGACUCCCCCCCCCGUGCUGGACAAGGCCCCCGCAAAGAGCGCGCAGCUGUUCCCGUACCACCUCCCGCUCUCCCCCGAGUGGGCCGAGUACAGCGACUGGUACAGCCAGACAGCCAUGACCUCCGCCGCCGCCGGCAUGUUCAUCAAGCAGCCCAUCAUCGUAUGGGGCGCAUUCGCCCUCGCCGUCUUCGGCUACGUCAACCAGCAGCCCCUCCGCCAGCCCAAGGAUGCCACCGCGCCCCUCCUCGUCCUCGGCAUGGCCCUCGCAGGUGUCGUCGGCAGCAUCCUGCCCAAGACCAUGCUCGCCCCGCAGACCCAAAGUGUGCCCGCGUAGACGUAGCUGUGUGUGCAUGUAUUUGCGUGGUUGUGUGCAUGGUUGUCUCACCCGCUUCUACUAUUCGGAGCAUCAUCAUCCACUUCAUGCCAUACUCAGACGCGUUGGACCAGCUCGAAGAAUAGCAUCUGCUGAAAGAAUAACACU